AUGAUACACGGAAUGGAGUCAAAUUAUUCCAUGGACUGGGAUAAAAUGCGAUCAGAUCCGUAUUUGGAGGGCAGAGAAGAUUGGUAUUAUCGGAUGUUGUCUUACACCAAAAUUAUUGGUGCUGUAAAUUUGAUUUGUCAGUUGUAUUUUGUGGUCAGGAUUGCUUACUCGACAGCUUUACAUAUCAAUUUUAGGAUCUCUGUGGUAAGAUUUCUUUAAAAGCAGAUCCCAAGAUAGCUCUACAGUUUCUUUAAAAUAUUAAACGCAGUAUAUCAUACUGAUGGAAUUACAGUGUAACACUAUUAUCUCUCUGGAACUAAUGUCCCUCACUGAAGGCCUAGCCCAUUUCUACAACGACUACACUGUCUUUAUCGAGCCUCGAUUUUGGCCAAACGUUGGCUGCAUCGCCGUUGGAGUUAUCAACAACAUUGCCGUCUUUGGUUCAGCUAGCGCUAUGUUUAUGUUGGCCCUAGAGCGGCAUCUCGCUUAUCGACUGGUUGAUGUGUACGAAGAGAAGCCAAAUACUUUGGGGUGCGCCUUAGGCACGAUCGUAGUUCUGCAAAGUUCUAUUUGCGGAGCCGCUUUAUGGUGUUACUUUGUUGUCUAUCUUAGCAGGUUUGACGUAUAUACCUCAAGAUUGGGAUGUGCCGCGACCGAUGUUACUUGGCAGUGGCAAUUUGGGGCGUACGUUUUGGCGUUUGGAAGUUGUGCUGCUGGUCUUGUGGUAAGUUUUAAUUUAAAAAGGCUCUAAAUAAAUGGUUUUGCAAAUAAUUUUACAUUUGUUUUAGUGGGUACGGAUUCUCAGCCGCCGGGCAAAGCUCAGUAAGAAGACCCGUCUCAAUUUGAAAAAUCUAAGUGCCAGAUAUCAAGCCACCGAGAAUUAUCAAACUAUGUGCUCGAUUUACCGCUCUAUGUUCUUUUAUUUACUCUUGACUGUCGUUGGAAUAACAUCAGGUGCUCUUCGAGGAUAUGUGGUAUAUCAUCAUGGGGAGAAUACUAUCUCUUCUAGAAUGUUGGUUACUGUGAGUCAUAUCUAUGAUUUCAUAUAUCUGAUUAUUUAG